UUCGACUGGUUCAGUGCAGCCUGGACUACGCAGCUCUACCUAGUACAUCCAUGAAUACCUUUUAAUUUCAGGUCAAACUGCUGUGACAAGAUCGUGGAGCUACAAUCGGGUUCACUCUGUGGGUUUUUGUACUGAUGUCACCAUAGCUCAUCCUAUUGACUGCACAACCCCAUAACACAAAAUGGAGGGGUCUGUGGUAAGCAACCUUAUAGACUUUGACUUGCCCUCAGAAAGCACAGCACCUAUUGGUCCUGGGGUGAACUUUUUCUCAGCUGAGCCUCUUGUCCCUGAGCCUAUUUUUGGCAUCACCAUGGAGCCCCUUCUAACGGAGCCCAUAGCCCCCACGCACACCACCCACAGAGGAGAAGAUGAAGGAAGUAACAGUGAUGCUACCGAGUCUGCCGACAGUGAGAACGAGGGCACAGGAUCCCCAUCGCACGUCUCAAGCAUGCGGCGUUCCUCAUCCUGCUCUAAUCACAGUGCGGAGGAUGCAGAGGAGACAGAAAUCAGAGCAUUCAUGAAAACCUAUGUGCAAAAGCUCUUCCAUGAAAGAGAGGACUUUGAUCACGAGGAGAAGGCUCGCUUUGGAGAGCUUUGCACUGGAGAGAACGUGAAGGGAAGGGAGUGGUUUGCCAAAUAUGUCAGUGCAGAGCGCUGUCACUCCAAAUGUGUGUGCGAACAGACGUUCUACAGGCUGGUGCAGUCUUUCGCUGUUGUCUUGUUUGAAUGUUACCAGAAUGAUGAUUAUAGCCCCGCCAAACACCUCAUGACCAUGUGCUUCACAUAUUACUACAUGGGUAAGUCCCAGCUGUCUCCCACAGAGCUGCUGGAGAGGCCCAGUGGGGGGAUUGACUCAUACCUGCACAGUGGAAAGGUCUGGCUCUCAGGGAAGAAGGACAUCGCAGAGAGACUGCUCAAAAACACCUCUGCCAAAACCGAUGUUAAAGGAUUCUUUGGGGGCCUUGAAAGCAAACUGAGAGGACCAUUGGGCCAAAAGAAUGAGGAUACUGACAGAGCAGCUGAGCAGAAGACCAAAACUCCUGUUUCUCCCACACUUUCCCCGGAGAGGAAGGAAGAAGAGAAGAUUUACCUGUAUACACACCUUAAACAGCAGCCUAUUUGGCACACUCUGAGGUUUUGGAAUGCUGCAUUUUUUGAUGCCGUCCAUUGUGAGAGAAACAAAAGAUCCCCCACUACCAGGCGGACGGCUGAGGAAGAGAAAGAUGAAAGAGAAAAAUGGUGUCAUAUGACCCAGGAAGAGAAAGAUGAUAGCUCCAGAUUUGAUGAAAACAUUACGUUCGGUCAGCUGGGAACAUUCACCCAUAACAUGGUUGCUUUUGGACUGAGCAAAAAACUAUGCAAUGACUUCUUAAAGAAGCAGGCAGUCAUUGGAAAUCUGAAUGAAGAGCAAAACAAGCUGCUGUGCGAUCAUAUUGAGCAGAUGGCUGCCGAGUGAACGGAAAAUCAAAGACUCAAUCCAAACUCUACCAUCCACAUGAGUUCAACUUUAACCAUUCAGUCACUAAUGAUCAGUAUUCCUCAAAUGCAACACGGUUUCACCUCAAUAAUCACCCUACUACCAAACAUUUGAGAAAGUUAUGCUACGCAAACUGUUGAUAUAGAUCAUCUUAAAUCCAUGAUGCAUCAGUGUACCUCUGUAAUGUGGACAGUUCAUUGUUGUCCUAACAGUUACAGUUUAUUCUUAUGUAACUGAAUAUGCACAUAUACUGGAAUAGCAAUAUAACUAAGCUUUCUGUCAUCUUGAGUCCUUAAACAUCAUUGCAAAGUAGUAUCUCAGUCAUAUUAUAUAAUAUGGAGUUAUAUUGUGUGAUGUGAACCUAAUGUUACAAAUAUUUGUUAUUUUCUCAAAUAGAUAUACCAUAUAUAUUACAAUGUGUUUACUGUUACUGAAGACAGCGUAAUCUGCGUAUAGAGAGUGGCGGAACUGCAACUCUGUACAUAUCGUAAAUGGGUCAUUCCUACAAUUCGGUGACAUUCCGGCUUUGAAACUUUUGAAAAAUAAAACAUACUUUGACAAGUUUUUUCAUGUUCCAUCAUUACAGGGACACAUUAAAGAUUGUAUUAGUCAUACAAUUCAAGCUAAAUUAAUAGACAAUUCAGAUCCAGUUAAAUGGGCAGCAUUAGGGUGAACAAUAUAAGGGAGGACAUUCAGUGGAUAAAUUAGCCACUUUAAAAUAUAUUUCCCAUAUAUCUUCCCAUAAUAUGGUGGUCAUGUUAUGCUUGACCACAUAUGACGAACACCACAAAAUAAAGGAAAACAUAAAUAAAACAAGAGUUAUAAACUUCAAGUCAUUUUGCGGAAUGGGUGAUGUACACCUCCAGUGAGUGUGAUUAAAUUUCCUAUCAUGCAGUAACUCUUCAAUGAAAGGUCAUAAUAUCAUGACAUAACAGUGUGCGCAAUAAAUCAAGGGACACACAAAAAACUACUAUCAGUGUUAAAAUACAUGUUAGUGAGAGAAUGUAACAUUACAUUCUUAACUGUAUUUGGAGGAAAAUAGUAAUCCAAUGAUUUAGCAUUUAUGUUUGUCGUGCAGGUUUCGGGACACAAGGAUUUCAAUUAUUUAAAAUAAAAUUUUUAGCCCACAGAAGUGUGUAAUAUUAUAAAAAGUCUUUAUUCUUUUUAAUUGUAUUCGGGUUAAAUUAAACCAUAUAAAUACCACACACAAUUAUACUUAAAUGACAUAGAAUUGUUGGAAUGAGCCACAUUUACAGGCGUUCCUGCGUGAGACGCUGCUCUACAUUGAAAAACAGCAUGGAUGGAUGCAAAAACGCAUUCAGUGCGAAUGUCCCCUAUUAACUUUAAAAUGAAAAACGCUUUAAUACAAUGACCAGGAAGAAGAGAGAAAGAGAGAUAAAAGGCCUAACAUGAAAAUAGUGUAUUUAUCUUUGGAUUAGUGCCAUUGCUUUGAUAGUAAAUAGUGUUUAUCACAAAGGAAAUGUAAUCCUGUUAAGUGUUUUAACUAAACCUGUAAUACUGUACUUUUAUUUUGAUUUAAUGCAGUUUUUCUUACCUCUCUCUCUCUCUCUCUCUCUCUCUCUCUCUCUCUCUCUCUCUCUAUACCAGAACGAGCUCUGACAUAUGCAAUAAAAUGCAAUGGCAUGUCAUGAAUAGGUGCGUAUAACAAGUGGGUAUACCAAGGGUAUAUGCAAAUAUUGAUCCUUAGAAGUUAUACGCAACAGCCCUGGGAAAAAAGUACAUGCAUAUGGCCCUGACUACACUGCUCUCCAGUUGACUUUUAUGUACUCUAAUGUACAUUUACAGAAAUGUAGUACUAAAGUGUUCUUUAAGCAAAUACACCUUAAAAUCACUGAACAAAAAAAGUACAUCUAAAGGCCAGUUCACAGUGCCUCAACAAACUUCAACAAACAUUUGUUGAGAUUUGGUGGGUCAGUGUGUUCACCCUGUUGUUUGUAGUGGGAAACAGUGUUUGUUAGGGUGAUUUGACAAUGAUAAUUAUCUUUCCCAACAUUCUAAAUUCAACUGCCAACUUUAAAAUUUAGAGUUUGUUGGGGCAGUGUGAAUUGGCCUUCAGAUGCACAGCUGUAGGCCCCCUUUAGCUUUAGCCUUCCAUCUAAUUUUACAUUAAAGGCUAAUUCCCACUGCCUCUACAAACAAAAGUUGGCUGCUAGAUUUAGAAUGUUGGAAAACACAGCUGUUAUUGACACACUGCCUCAACAACAACAACAUUUCAAAUAUUCUAAGUUGUCAGUUAGAUUUAGAAUGUUGGAAAACACAGCUGGUAUUGACACACUGCCUCAACAACAACAAUAUUUAAAAUAUUCUAAAGUUGUCAGUUAGAUUUAGAAUGUUGGAAAACAACUGUCAUUGUCACACUGCCCCAACAAACACCAGCAUUUCAAACAUUCUAAAGUUGGCAGUUUGAUUUAGAAUGUUGGAAACAUAACUUUAAAUAUCACACUGCCCCAACAAACACCAACAUUUCAAACAUUCUAAAGUUGAUGUUUCGAUUUAGAUUGUUGGUAACAUGACAGUCAUUGUCACACUGCCCCAACAAACACCAGCAUUUCAAACAUUCUAAAGUUGGCAGUUUGAUUUAGAAUGUUAGAAACAUAACUUUAAAUAUCACACUGCCCCAACAAACACCAACAUUUCAAACAUUCUAAAGUUGAUGUUUCGAUUUAGAUUGUUGGUAACAUGACAGUCAUUGUCACACUGCCCCAACAAACACCAGCAUUUCAAACAUUCUAAAGUUGGCAGUUUGAUUUAGAAUGUUGGAAACAUAACUUUAAAUAUCACACUGCCCCAACAAACACCAACAUUUCAAACAUUCUAAAGUUGAUGUUUCGAUUUAGAUUGUUGGGAACAUGACAGUCAUUGUCACACUGCCCCAACAAACACCAACAUUUCAAACAUUCUAAAGUUGAUGUUUCGAUUUAGAUUGUUGGUAACAUGACAGUCAUUGUCACACUGCCCCAACAAACACCAGCAUUUCAAACAUUCUAAAGUUGGCAGUUUGAUUUAGAAUGUUGGAAACAUAACUUUAAAUAUCACACUGCCCCAACAAACACCAACAUUUCAAACAUUCUAAAGUUGAUGUUUCGAUUUAGAUUGUUGGGAACAUGACAGUCAUUGUCACACUGCCCCAACAAACACCAACAUUUCAAACAUUCUAAAGUUGAUGUUUCGGUUUAGAUUGUUGGUAACAUGACAGUCAUUGUCACACUGCCCCAACAAACACCAGCAUUUCAAACAUUCUAAAGUUGGCAGUUUGAUUUAGAAUGUUGGAAACAUAACUUUAAAUAUCACACUGCUCCAACAAACACCAACAUUUCAAACAUUCUAAAGUUGAUGUUUCGAUUUAGAUUGUUGGGAACAUGACAGUCAUUGUCACACUGCCCCAACAAACACCAACAUUUCAAACAUUCUAAAGUUGAUGUUUCGGUUUAGAUUGUUGGUAACAUGACAGUCAUUGUCACACUGCCCCAACAAACACCAACAUUUCAAACAUUCUAAAGUUGAUGUUUCGAUUUAGAUUGUUGGUAACAUGACAGUCAUUGUCACACUGCCCCAACAAUCACCAACAUUUCAAACAUUCUAAAGUUGAUGUUUCGGUUUAGGUUGUUGGUAACAUGACAGUCAUUGUCACACUGCCCCAACAAACACCAGCAUUUCAAACAUUCUAAAGUUGGCAGUUUGAUUUAGAAUGUUAGAAACAUAACUUUAAAUAUCACACUGCCCCAACAAACACCAACAUUUCAAACAUUCUAAAGUUGAUGUUUCGAUUUAGAUUGUUGGUAACAUGACAGUCAUUGUCACACUGCCCCAACAAACACCAGCAUUUCAAACAUUCUAAAGUUGGCAGUUUGAUUUAGAAUGUUGGAAACAUAAUUUUAAAUAUCACACUGCCCCAACAAACACCAACAUUUCAAACAUUCUAAAGUUGGCAGUUAGAUUUAGAUUGUUGGGAACACAACAGUCAUUGCCUCACUUCCCCAACAAACACCAUCUUUACCAACAUUUUAAAGUUGGGGGAUAGAUUUAGAAUGUUGGGAAUAUUCAUUGUCACACAACGGCAGUAAUGUUUUCAAACAUUUUAAUUGUAACAUUCAAAUUCAGAUUGUUUGAAAUCUUGGUAUUUGUUGGGAAGUGUGAUAGUGAUCAUUAUAUUCCCAACAUUCUAAAUCUACCUGCCAACUUUAGAAUGUCUGAAAUAUUUGUGUUUGUUGGGGCAGUGUGACAAUGACAGUUAUGUUGCCAAAAAUCUAAAUCUACAUGCCAACUUUAGAAUGUCUGAAAUAUUUUUGUUUGUUGGGGCAGUGUGACAAUGACAGUUAUGUUGCCAACAAUCUAAAUGUAACUGCCAAAUUUAGAAUGUUUGAAAUGUUGGUAUUUGUUGGGCAGUCACAGUGAAGCUGAUUGUUAGAUUUAGAAUGUUUGAAAACAUAACUGUCAUUGUCACACCACCCCAACAGGGUUAUCACACUGACCCCUAAAAAAACCCACAACCUUGGUAGUUGGUGUUAUAUUAGGCCAUGAGAAUUAGCCUUGACAUAAACUGAUGUCUUACACUGCUUUGUUCUAGUUUUAACUUUUACGAUGAUAUUUUUUAUUUAUUUUUUUACUCAAAGAAAUUCUAUACUGGGCCUGUUCCUGCCAUAUGUUCUUGGCAUUUGCACUUUUGGGGUUUUGUGUUCUUCCUGGAUGGAUAAAUUCAAUAUAAAUUGUGUUUUCUUUUGAUAUCCUCAUACAUGAGGACUGAGACUUGUCUAUUACCUUCUGCUCAAAGUGCCUUUGGUCAAUUACAAAGCAGCGAUCUUCCCUGGUCCAUUUUAGUGAAAACAAACUUGUGUCCACAUGCUGUUGUCCCCUUUAAUUCUCCACAAAACUGGUGGUGUUACUGGCUUAGUGGUCAUACGUUGAUGUGUUUGUCUAUGUAUAAUGCUUGCAGUUUGAAUUAAAAGCCAGUUAUUGAAAAAUGUAUCAUGUGGCUCUCUAAAGCAGAGCUGUUUUGGUGUUGUUUGUUUAGUGAAUGCAUGAAUUUUUUUUUACUAUCAACGUAUACUGUUGUGCAAUUAUAUUUCAAGCCAAUAGAGGGCAAACAUAACCCUCUACUUUGACUAGAUCAGUGGAGGUAAAUUUCAACCACCAAGUGGGGCGUUCAAGAGCUUCUGUUGAAUCAUAUGUCCUCCAUAUGAGGAAAACAAAAUUAAUGUAUUUGGUUUGUAAAUGCAGAGUGUUUUGAUAACAGAAUAAUGAGAAAUCAGAUGCUAAAUAUAGGCUGGUUUAAAGGGAUUGUCAGAUUUUUGGGCAUUUAUUUAUUUGAUGUCUGUAUGUGUUGUUUAUAAGUGAAUGAUCAUGUCAGGAAUGUGAUGGAUCCAAUUUGAUUUGGUCUUGUAUUUGCAUUUCAAAUAAUGUUGUUACUGUUGUGCAAAUUUAUGCCAAUGCUUAGCUCUGUGGUCUGUGUGAUAGUUUUCCCAAGUCCCCUGAAUUUCCUAUUGGAGCAUAUCUAAAAGCCAGUAAGAAGGUGUUGUCCUGUCUCUAAUGUGUAAAGUGUGUAUUAUUAAAAAUAAAAUACAAAUGAAA